GCGAGCAUCACUCGGCAUCAGUGCAGCUUGAAACUUCAGAGGACUGUCUCUAUCCUGUGAUCAAAGACAAGGACCAUGGCGCUUAUAGAAAAGUGCUCCUGUUGGAUGCUGGUUCUGAGUGCCUGUCUCAUUCUGACCGUCCGCGCUGAGUGUGGCAAAGAUUGUGCUUACUGUAUCUAUCGCCUACAUGGUAGUCAUGCAGAAAUCAACGCUCUGACGUGCACGUUAGAAUGCGAAAGGAAGCUGCCGUCAACAAAAACUUGGGAUGUUUGCAAAAAUAUCUUACAAGGAAAUAGGCCCGAAAUGUCAACAGAAGAGGAAAAUGACCUAGGUGAAGGUGUCAACCAGGAAAACGAUGAACACCAACUUGCAAAGAAGUACGGUGGCUUCAUGAAGCGCUACGGGGGAUUCAUGAAGAAGACAGCUGAACUCUAUAAUGUUGAACCAGAUGACGAAAAUGACGGGAGCGAAAUUCUGGCCAAGAGAUAUGGCGGUUUUAUGAAGAAAGACGUUGAGAGCGGCUCACCGGCAGACACCACUGGAACUUUGAGAGAGAUCCUAACUGCUGACGACAGUGUGGUGGACAGCAACAGUGACCACGAUGAUGAGGUCACGAAAAGGUAUGGAGGAUUUAUGAGAAGCAUCAAGAGAAGUCUAGACCUCCAAGACGGAAUCAAGCAAUUGCAGAAAAGAUAUGGAGGAUUUAUGAGACGAGUGGGUAAGCCCAACUGGAAAGAAAACAACAAACGAUACGAAAACAAAGAUUCAAAGGAAAUUAAUUCUGAAGAGGUUGAAAAGAGAUAUGGAGGAUUUAUGGGUUAUUAAAAUGCAAAUCAAAAGACUCUCUUAUUAAUCAUACUUUAUUGUUCUAUUGUCUUGCUUGCUAUGUACAGUUUUUUACUGUCGGUAAAGAAGAAUUACAAACAUAUCUUUCUAUCCCUC